CUGUCUAAGAAACUGAAAGCUAACCAGACACCGACUGCCAUGGAUUGCUGUGCCUCUCGCAGCUGCAGUGUCCCCACCGGGCCCGCCACCACCAUCUGCACCUUCGACAAAUCCUGCCGCUGCGGAGUCUGCCUGCCCAGCACCUGCCCACACACGGUUUGGUUACUGGAGCCCACCUGCUGUGACAACUGUCCCCCACCCUGCUACAUUCCUCAGCCCUGCGUGCCCACCUGCUUCCUGCUCAAUUCCUGCCAGCCAACCCCAGGCCUGGAGACCCUCAACCUCACCACCUUCACUCAGCCCUGCUGUGAGCCCUGCCUCCCAAAAAGCUGCUGAUGGAUGGCUACUUUGCUCAGUGCCCGACAACGAGGAAUCCAGAAGCUGUCUCUUCAGUAGUCACUUGCCUCAGUAGUUUACCAGACGUUAAGGUAGAUCAGAUGGCCCAGAUAUGAAGAAUUUACCUUUGGUUUUAAUGGGGGGAAAAAAGAAAAGUAUUUUUCAUGGUUAUUUAGCUGAAUAACCAUUUGGUUCCUGUGGGCAGGUGAAUGUGUUUUAUUAGCAAAAUACUGUUUCAAUCUGUAAGACCUCAGAUUACAUGUUCUUGAUCAUACUGCUUCCUGGCUCUUGUUUCUUGUAUUGGGUAUUUCCAUAGAAGAAAAUUUCUUGGUGGUUUUUCCAAUAAACUAUAUUUCCCUGGCAA